AAUUUAUUAAAUGAGGGCCAUCUUGUUCAGAUUCAGCACUUAUUCAAAAUUUGCAGAAAAACUAUAAAAUACCAAAUUUGCUACCAUUUACAAUUACGAAACUCAAGUUAAGCCUGCUCUAAGUAUCUAUGAAUCCAUGGGAUUUAAUGAAUAAAUGAUAUUCAGAAUUUUCAAGAACAGAGGUCUUUCUCUUGUCAAGGGCAAUACUGCUAAUGACAUUGAAUAAUUGAAUGAGCUAUUCAAAUCCAGACUUAAUGCAGAAGCAAAGUAAUUCUUUCUCCCAUUAAUUAAGAUAAAUGCGAACCAUCCUCUUUAAAGAUCCAUAAAUAUUGAGUCAUCCCAUUGACAAAAUGAGUAAUUACCUAGACCUUUUUGAAAAGCAACUACAAAUAAGCAAAGAAGACAUAUUAUCCAUGUUGACAGCAUAUCCUCUUUUAAUGAGAAAUUUUGAAGUUAAUUAUGAAAAUUUCAGAAAUGUCUUCAACACCUAUGCUCAUGUUAGUGACAAACAAUUUGGAUAAGUAUUGGUCAAUACUCCAUUCCUAUUCUCAUUCAAUCUUGAAAGAAUACCACCUAAUUUUAGAGUUAUGUAUAAUAGAGAAUAUAAGACUAAGGAAAUCUAGGAAUUGGUAAUUAUUAUUCAGUAUGAUUUGUUAGAUUCAAAAAACUGCUGAGUUUCUAGCCCUUAAAAAUCAUGAUUUUGAUCGAUUACUUAAUCAUUAUGAUAUUCUAAUUCCAAACAAAGAAGUCUAACAUCAAUUGCUUAUUAAUAAUCAUAAAUUAUUACUCUUAACACCAGCUUAUAUGUUGAGUCCAAAGAUCAAUUUAUUCAAGGAAAUUGGGUUAUCAAUUAAUUAGAUAGGACAGAUCUUAUAGAUAUGUCCAAAUUUAUUCUUGAAGAGUGUUUAAACAUUGAAAUUGAAAUUGAAGUUCUUUGAAAAGCAUUUGAAUGUUAAAAUCAAGGAUUCUCCACAUUUUCCUCAGAUUUUAGAGUUCGAUUAUUGGACAGUGUUACGUCCUAGGUAAACAUUCAAUUCCUAAUAGGAUUGGUGAUUUUGAAUAAUCUUGAGAAUG